AUGGGCACCCGCGGGCCGAAGGAGGCCGUGGUGGAGCUGCAGCCGGGACAGGCCCCCGAAGGCAGUACAGAGAGUGAGCCUGCCGAGGGCCAGCCUGUGGUGAUCCUCCUAGGCUGGGCCGGCUGCCAGGACAAAUACCUGGCCAAAUACAGUGCAAUCUACAGCCAGAAGGGGUGCACGGUCAUCCGGUACACGGCUCCAUGGAAGAUGAUAUUCUUCUCUGAGACCUUUGGCAUCAGAUCACUGCAGACCCCAGCCAGGCAACUCCUGAAGCUGCUCUUUGACUACAGUACUGAAAACAGACCGGUUCUUUUCCAUGUUUUCAGCAAUGGUGGUGCCAUGCUGUAUCGUUACAUCAUUGAGGUACUCCACACCCACAAGUCAUUUAAGAACCUCAAAGUAGCUGGCACCAUUUUCGAUAGCGCCCCUGGCAGAAGAAAUUUGCGAGGAGGCCUUCGUGCCCUGGCAACUGUCUUGGUCUCCAUGAACGUGCUGCUCAAGUAUUUCCUGCUGUUCACUUUUGCCAGCACGGCCGUCGUGCUGCGGAUCCUGCUGUACCCCCUGACCCGCCUCAUCCACGAGAGCCAUUACGAUGCCCUGCUGAAAGCGCCCUCGCGCUGGCCCGAGCUCUACCUCUAUUCCCAGGCUGAUCUCAUCAUCAAGGCCAGCGAGGUUCAGCUCAUGGCAGAUGCCCGGCAGCAGCUCGGUGUUCCUGUGAAAGCUGUGGACUUCUCAGAUUCGGCUCACGUCAGCCACAUGCGGGUGUACCCCACCUAUUACCGCGGCCUCUGCACGACUUUCCUGUCUGACUGUGUUGGGAGCUCACCUCCUUAGUGCUGUAAUGACCUUCAGUGUUUGCCUCUCCUUGCUCAGCUCCUGUGGGAAAUGUCAGCCCCUUUGCUUUUGUGUCUUUGAAGCAAGGAAAGUAGAGGCUUCUCGUUUUGUUUGGCUUUUUACCAUCCCUACUGUCUACAAGUCUGAAAGCCUCCAGCCUGGCCUUUGGACCAGCCACGUUAGAGCAGAAAGUAGAUACGGAUUAAUUUAAAGUCCUGAAGGUGAAAUCCUGCCAUGGUUCAUGUUGAUGUGCUUUACCAAGGUGUCACAGACCAGAAUCUCAUCGAAUAUUAUUUGUUUCUUCCUGUCUCUUCUUCUUUUCUGCUUUCCAUGUUGUCUCCUUGUCCCCGAUGUCCAGUGUGCAUGUUCUGUUGCUUGUACUAAUUUUACAAUACAGCUCUUCUAUAUCUUUGUUAUUGUUGUUUUUUUCUCUCUGCCUUUCUUUUAUCAUGCAGUGAGUGAACAGAGCCAAGUCUGCAGGACUUUCUGCUUUUCUCAGUGCAUCCCAGCUCUUAUUGUAUUCUCCUUGCUGGAGAUCAGGCUCUGAAACCAAGUGUGAGACCAGGAAAGGUGUGUAUAUACGGAAGUAUGACCAGACUCUCAUCUGGUUCCAUUAAAUAGCUGAGAUAAAACAGUCAGACCUCUCUGAUACUUGGUGGGAGCUCAAAUGUUUGUGAUAACUUUUGUGUUCUUCAACCCUGAGGUUUAAACUAACAUUUUUGAAUGUGUCUAGUGUUUUGUUUCUGUUCCUUCCAGUCUUUUGUGUGUUCUGCUGAGUAGUUUUGCUUUCUUGGAGAGCUACUUAUUUGUUAUUGUAUGUCUUUGAAUAGCCUAUAUUUUGCAUCUGGAUAUUCAGGGAAACUUUUGGAUUACACCUGUCCCAGACCCCAGAAACAGAAAAGUGGAAUUGCAGAAGAAAAUGGAACUGUCUGUUGGAACUAUGCUUUAUACUGGGUAUUUUUUAAAUCACCUCUAGCCUACAAAUGACCAUGAAAUAGGAUUUUUUUUUUCCAUAACGUUCUUGUCAGAUGAUCAGUCUUUGCAGUCCAUGCAAUGUGUACAAGAAAUUAAUUCCUUUCACCUAGUGAAAAAGUAGCUCAUUGUACUGCACUUCAUCCAUAUUUAGGUUUAGGUUUUAUUGUUUAUUUGAGGGAGAAGUGGGGAUAAAGACACAAGAGAGCCUGAUGAUAUGUUUAUGCUGUCACAGCAUAGCAACUUAAUUAAUAAAAUGGUGAACAGGUUUAGCCAACUUUAAAGUGCCAGAAAGAAGCUCUGGAGGGCUGUGACAUGGGCCUGUUUGAACAAGGAGCUGCCCUAGAGAGGUAGGCACUUAAAAAGCAGGAGGAGUUUUGCAAAAGGUUGUGCUAGUGGGUGGCUGUGCUGAUUUUGCCCACCCUUGGGGUGCUGUGAUCCACAAUUACAAAAGUCUUACUGUUCUGGAUUGAAACACAGAGGGGGAGAUCCUUGGGAAGCACUAAAAUAAUUUGGAAGUUUUAAAACGAGAACUGUAACACCUUACAUAAGUGAAAGCACAGGGUGAGUAGCAGGGGUGACCACACAGCUGUUUGUAGCAGACUAUUGUGACAACACUGAUUUACAGCAGAAUAACCCCCUGAUGGGCUGGUUUAAGAGGGAGGGUUGGGCUGUAUAAGUGAGAGUUAACUGAAAAGGGCCUGAUGACCUGGCU